CUUGAUUUGUUCUACCCCACCCUCCCUGCCCCCGUACUCUGUGACCACCAGGACUUCUCAAGUACCACAUCAGCUCAGGCCGAUGUCGAUGGAACAGGACACCGGGGCACUGCCACGAUGCAGUGCCAGGCUUGCAGUUCGUAGCCGCUCUGUGGUACCUCCGCGAACUAAGUUUCAGCAACAGCGACUCAGCAGGCGGACGACUCCAGCGGCAUCGAGUACAGCAACUGCAGUACCGGUCACCACCGGGGCUAUUCCUGCAUGUCCGGUCCAAGGGGCUCACGAGCAGUUGUCUGAUUACCUUCAGCGGGUACAGGCAUUUACGAAUGCCGUUGCUAACGCUAAGGCACAGCAGGAGGCAGCAGAGGCAGAACGUCAGCGGCUGGCCAAUGAGGCAUCAGCCCAAGCUCAGCGAACUGCUGAGGCUGACGCAGCGGCUCGAGACAGACGGAAUGCCGCCAGCACUGAGUCCCUGAUUCAAAAUGAGAAUCAGUGGACAAUGCUACUCCAAGGCAUGAUCUUUGUGCCUUCGGAUACACAGGCAGAUCUGACACCGGCGGAGGCAGAAAGGAGUACUCUGGCUAACUUGAUGUUGGGCAUGAUGAGGGGAGUAAUAUGGAAUAACACACUGCUGCAGGCACACCUGCUCACAGAACGAAAGCACAGACAGAAGCAGCAGCAAGACACUGUCGCUUUAACAACUACCGUCCGCGCCGCAGCAACACAGCAGCAGCAACAGCAACAGCUGUUGAACUCCACUCUCGCACGCAUCAACAGCAUCGAGGCUAAGGCCUCAGCAGCGCCAGGCUGCACGACAGACACGGCAAAGCAGCUCGGGGAGCGCAUCGACCACGUCGUCACUAUUAUCGACGAACUAGGUGAUUUCACCAGUCCGGCCACGAUCAGCAGCACGGUGACCGCCAUCAAGACGGACAUCACCAAACUGCAGACAAGACCGGACGCCGCUCCAAAGACAUACAAGAUGCCGCACUUCAACAUCAGCAAGUUUGACGACUACAACAAGACGGACGCCUUGACAUGGUGGCAAGGUUUCCUCACGGAAGCAUCCUGUCGCUCUACCUCCAACUUAUUGAAGGAGCACAGGCAUGGAUGAACCAUAUCGCGGCCAAUCGGAAAUGCACCAUCGCCGAACUCCACACACAUAUUCCGUGGAAGGAGUUCGAGCAACUGUGGU